AUGUUGUCUUCACUAUUCGCUUCGAUGUUUUGCCGGCUGAUAGUCAUCCCGAGAGUUGCUGAAUCAAGUAUUCAUAUCUCCCCAUUACCAACUGGUACAUGCGGAUUUUGCUGCUCUAUAGAUUUAAAUCGUGAUAUUCAAUACCAUCUUUAUACAAGAAAAAACCCAACACGCCCGCAACUCUUAACGUUCGAAAAGUCGAGCUUGGAAAAGAGUUAUUUCGAGCCACUAAAUCCGACAGUUUUUUACAUUCACGGAUACGCUGAGCAAGCUACUGGAGACAGCGCCAGAGCCAUUCUCAACGCGUACCUAAAGCGCGGAAAGUACAACGUCAUCUUAGUAGAGUGGGGGCGCCUAUCCGCCAUGCCGUGGUACGUAACAGCGGUAAAAAACACCCGUAGGGUCGGUUCUCAUGUAGCAGAAAUGGCAAAAUGGCUGGAGCUGAACAACGCGCUAAAGCUUCCAAAGUUACACGUGAUUGGGUUCAGUUUGGGCGCUGAGGUCGCCGGGUUCAUGGGAAAGGCCUUAGGACCUCGAAAGGUUGGCAGAAUAACUGGUCUUGAUGCGGCGUACCCUCUUUAUAUGGACAAAGGAGCCGAGGGACACCUGGCGCCAUCUGACGCUACUUUCGUGGACGUCAUACAUACCGACGGAGGGAUUUUUGGGUUUCCUUCGCCGAUUGGCCACGCUGACUUCUAUCCAAAUGGCGGACGACCGCUACAACCUGGCUGCACUGCUACUAACUUCAUUGCGAUGGGCAUGUACAGGAUUUUCCGGCAUUACAUCCAUUCAAUAAAAAUUUCUUGGUUUUGGGAGAUAAGUGCGUAUAAUUCUGUAGAGAAGGUGGUUACUGGCAAUAAUAACUGGAAAAAUGUUAAAUCAGUUGUCUGCAGCCACAAUAGAGCCUGGCGCUACUACGUGGAGUCGAUAAAUAACCCGUGGGGAUUCCCAGCCACUCGGUGCUUAAGAUGGCGGCCUAACUUGAGAAGUUGUACUUGGAAAAAGGACGCUGUCAUGGGAUUCGCCACGGAUCCGAGGACGAGGGGAAUUUUUUACUUGAGAACUAACUCCAGGACGCCUUUUGCGAGAAACUUGACUGAUUAUCCUCCCAAGCAUUUUUUA